AUGACUGUCGAGACCAAGAACCAACCAUACCUUUUCCAAGCCAAAGUGGCUGACAAACAACUCGAGUGUGUCGGAACCGCCAAGGACGGUCAAUGGCUUGUCCUUAAGGACCCAGUCACCGGCGAGAAGAGAGAGAUCUACGACGCUAUCUCUGGAGCUGCUGUGUGUUCUUUGAAACACGGCGACACCGAGAUUCUUUCCCAGAUGAACGACUUCGCCAAGCAGUCUGCCUACACUUUCUGUGCCAACUUCUCCAACACUGCUGCCGAGGAGCUUGCCGAGUUCAUGUGCUCCAAGUCUGAGGGAGCCUUCAGCUCUGCCAUGUACGUCUGCUCUGGUUCCGAGGCUAACGAACAAGCCAUGAGAUAUGCCAUGCAAUACCACAUCGAGAAGGGUGACAGAAAGAGAUACAAGUUCAUCUCCAGAGUCAACGCCUACCACGGAUACCUGGUCGGUGCUCUUUCUAUCGGAGACAACCCAAUGAAGCCAUUGCUCAAGAAGAUGCUUCUUUCUGACGACCAAGUUCCAAAGAUCUCCAGACUUAUGCCAUACAGAGAUCAAGGUGACUUGACCGAGGAGCAGUACUGUAAGAAGCUCUUGGACAACUUGGAGGAGACCAUUGUCUCCACCGGUCAGGAUGAGGUUGCUGCCGUCAUCUUGGAAACUGUCAGCGGAUCUUCCAUUGGUAACUCUGUUCCUCCAAAAGGAUACCUGGACGGUGUCAAGGCUCUGUGUGACAAGUACGGUGCUCUUUUGAUUCUGGAUGAGGUCAUGUGUGGAUUGGGAAGAUGCGGCUACCCAUUCACCUUCAUGGACCCAGAGUUCGGACUCACCGCCGGUGGACCAGACCUUUUGACCUUCGGUAAGACCGUCGGAGCCGGAAUUGUGCCUCUUUCGGGUGUGAUGGUUGCUCCAAAGGUGGUCAAUGCCAUCAGAGAAGGUUCUGGUGUCGUUAUGGGCUACCAGACCUACCACUCUCACUACCUCAACUGUAGCGUUGGACUUGCUGUGCAAAAGAAGAUCUACAGAGACAACCUCAUUGAGAACGUCAGAGAGGUUGGUGCCUACACCAAGGCUGCUUUGAAAGCUGCUUUGAAGGACUCGAAGGUUGCUGGAGAUGUCAGAGGUGCUGGUAACUUCAUUUCCGUUGAGUUGGUCAAGGACAAGGCCACCAAGGAGUCGUUUGCUCCAGAAUUGAAGAUGCACGAGGUGCUUAACCAAAAAACGUUCGCCAAGGGUAUCCACUUCAUGUGCAUCCCAGGAACCAACGGCUACGAGUACGUUGACGAUAAGCUCGUCAUGAACGGAGCUCACUUGACCAUGGCUCCAGCUUUCGGAUUCACCAAGACUGACGCUGACCUUAUGGUCAAGGUCAUCGCCGAGACCUUUGCUGAGAUCGAGAAGGAGUACCUUUGA